AUGUCGUUCCAACUGUUUGCGCGGGAAGGUCCACCACCGCAUCCUGAUGUCUUGACUAUUCCGACUCCUCCGUUGCAACAGACUGCGAUCUUCAUCAUCUUCUUCUUUCCCGCCUUGGCUCUUUGCACAUUCGGACUGCGGGCAUACAGUCGCCUUAGUACCCAUCAAUGGGGCCUGGAUGACUGGCUUUGCGGGUUGGGCUUGCUUUUUGCAAUCUUGAUGACUCCGCCACUGUACAUGUUCAUCAAACUAGGAUAUUUCGGAUGGCACGCCGUUGAUGUGCCCAAGGGCCACACCAUGGUGGCAGCGCUAUGGUGGAACUUCUUGGUACAGAUGUUCUACAACCCUGUGCUGGCACUCGUCAAGGCUUCGGUUUUGGUGUUCCUCCUGCGGCUAGGCGGCCAGAAGCGAGGGGUGCGGCUGUCGAUUCACGCGUUGAACCUCUUCAAUGCUUGUCACGCCGUUGCCAUCUUUUUUACGGCUCUGUUUCAAUGCAUUCCUAUAAAGGCCAACUGGGACUUUUCUCUGAGGGCCCUUCCUAACACGAAAUGUAUCGAUAACUCCUUCCACGUCAUUGCUUCAUGCUUGACCAUUCUAUCCGAUAUUCUCGUACUUGCCCUGCCGUUCUGGAUCUUCCUCGGUCUCCAAAUGCCUCGGGCGGCGAAAGCAGCCGUGAUAGGAGUUUUUCUUAUGGGUGCAGUUGUUACAAUCAUCGCGGUUAUUCGUGUCAUCUCCAUUUAUAAGCUCUUUUUUGAUCCACCUCCUCCUGGCACGGACACUACUCACGACAUUGGUCUUGUGUAUUCUUCUGUCGAAGUAAACUUGGCGAUUUUCUCCGCUUGUAUCCCAGCACUGCGUCCGCUAUUCCGCCGCUGGAUGCCGAAGUUGUUCGGUGGCACGACAAAGAAGACGACCGGGACGGGUUAUUACGCAACGUACGGUUCAAGCAGCUUGAGAGACCACACAGAUGCUCGAGGAGCCGACGACAUAACUCUCAAAGACAUGAGAUCACGAGCCCACCGAACAGAAAUCCGAAGUUUCUCUCCCACAGGCUCGGAAGAAGAGAUCAUGACAUAUAACGGUAUCGUGCGGACGACGAAUGUCAAAGUUCAAUACGAAUCAAAUGCCAGCGUUUCUGAAUCCCGGUCAUCAAGCGACUUCAAGAAUUCUCAUUCACCAACCAAAGAGACUGUUCUUUAG